AUGAAAAAGUCUGAAAUGCUACUCUUGUGGAAAUUCUGCUCGCGAGGUACACUACAGGAUGUGAUUUACAACGACCAAUUCGUAUUAGACGAAGAAAUUCCAUGCAGCAUUCGUCAAGGACAUUACAAUGGGCUUGGAAUACCUCCAUCUAUCAACCAUUGGAUUUCAUGGAGCUCUUACAACGAAUCAGUGAUGCUGUGGACAGGUGGACGAAACAUGGCAUCAUUCAACGAGGAGAUUCUGAAGGAUGGAGAGGAAAAAACGAUGGUUGGCCAGAAGACAGCUAUACUUUACGUCGCUCCAGAAAUAAGAGUUUCAAACGAGAAUAAUAAGAGUCGACGGGUGGAUCAAACAUGGGUAAAACAGUCAUUAGAGAAGAGACGGUCUGCCGAUAUUUACGCGUUCGGAAUGGUAAUGUAUGAGAUUCUCUUCAGAAAUUUACCGUACAGUGACAAAACUGACAUCAGUGAACUCGUCGAGAAAGCAGCCAAUGGGGACAAAGUUUCUCGACCAUCAGUACAAAAAGAUAAACAACUUCAUCCGGAUCUGCAGGCUCUCUUACAGGAUUGCUGGCACGACACGCCUGAUGCUCGCCCAUCGAUUCGACGCGUCCGACUGUCGGCACAGUCCAUCCUAAAGGCAAAAGGAAGUUUGGUCGAUUCUAUGACACGGAUGAUGGAGGAGUACGCGAACAAUUUGGAGAAACUUGUGAAUGAGAGAACGGGAAUGCUUGAGCAGGCGACUGUUCGAGCCGACAAAUUGCUUUCCCAACUUCUACCCAAAUACGUGGCAACGGAACCACUCAAAAACGCGACCGCCAGUGCCUCCGAAAAAUGUCUCUUCCGCGACUGUUAUCCCAUUCACGGACGUCGUUGGAUUCACGAAGUCGUCACUCUACUAAACAGUGUCUACUCCGGAUUUGACGAGAUUAUCAACAAAUUUGAUACAAGCCGUGACUUUUUCCAGGUAGAGACUAUCGGAGAUGCGUACAUGGUGGUGUCCGGAAUUCCGGAGGAGAACGGAAAACGUCACAUCAACAACAUCGCCGAAAUUGCGCUGGAAAUUAUGCAGUUCCUCGAGACCUACCGUAUUCCCCAUCGCAAAUCCGAACAAUUGGUGAUUCGCGUCGGAUUCCAUAGUGGUCCAGUGGCAGCCGCCGUAGUCGGGCUCAAUUCACCGAGAUACUGUCUCUUCGGUGACACGGUGAACAUGGCGUCACGAAUGGAAUCGAGUGGUGAGCCAGGAAAAAUACAGCUGUCAGAACAAUCUAAUAAACUUCUGGACAUUGAUUACCCAGAAUUCGUCACCACGAAACGCGGUGAAGUUGAUAUCAAAGGAAAAGGAGAAUGUUCUACUUACUGGCUCAUUCGCAAGGACAACUCCUACUUCAAUAAUUCUAGUUCCUAA